CUCGACCAGUGCUGAGAGUAGUUGUUCGCUGUACAUAUUUUUUUUAUACACUUACACAGACACACGUCGCGGCGUCUCUGCCUACCUUUUGUACUUUGUUAUCUAAGAAGACUAAACCCACAAACUCACAAUGUGCGACGACGAGGUUGCAGCGCUCGUAGUUGACAAUGGCUCCGGUAUGUGCAAGGCCGGAUUCGCCGGUGACGACGCGCCCCGUGCCGUCUUCCCCUCGAUCGUCGGCAGGCCCCGGCACCAGGGUGUCAUGGUCGGUAUGGGACAGAAGGACUCGUACGUCGGUGAUGAGGCCCAGUCCAAGCGUGGUAUCCUCACCCUGAAGUACCCGAUCGAGCACGGUAUCGUCACCAACUGGGACGACAUGGAGAAGAUCUGGCAUCACACCUUCUACAACGAGCUGCGAGUUGCCCCCGAGGAGCACCCAGUCCUCCUGACCGAGGCUCCCCUCAACCCCAAGGCCAACCGUGAGAAGAUGACCCAGAUCAUGUUCGAGACCUUCAACACGCCGGCCAUGUACGUCGCCAUCCAGGCCGUGCUCUCGCUCUACGCUUCCGGUCGUACCACCGGUAUCGUCCUCGACAGCGGUGACGGUGUCUCUCACACCGUGCCCAUCUACGAGGGAUACGCCCUGCCCCACGCCAUCCUUCGUCUCGACUUGGCCGGUCGUGACCUUACCGACUACCUCAUGAAGAUCCUCACCGAGAGAGGAUACUCCUUCACCACCACCGCCGAACGUGAAAUCGUUCGUGACAUCAAGGAGAAGCUCUGCUACGUCGCCCUCGACUUCGAGCAGGAGAUGGCCACCGCUGCCUCCUCGUCCUCGCUCGAGAAGAGCUACGAGCUUCCCGACGGACAGGUCAUCACCAUCGGCAACGAGCGCUUCCGUUGCCCCGAGGCUCUCUUCCAGCCUUCGUUCUUGGGUAUGGAAGCCUGCGGUAUCCACGAGACGACCUACAACUCCAUUAUGAAGUGCGAUGUCGACAUCCGUAAGGACCUCUACGCCAACACUGUGCUUUCCGGUGGUACCACCAUGUACCCUGGCAUCGCCGACAGGAUGCAGAAGGAAAUUACGGCUCUGGCCCCGUCCACCAUGAAGAUCAAGAUCAUCGCGCCGCCCGAGAGGAAAUACUCCGUCUGGAUCGGUGGUUCCAUCCUCGCCUCGCUCUCGACCUUCCAGCAGAUGUGGAUCUCCAAGCAGGAGUACGACGAGUCCGGCCCGUCCAUCGUCCACAGGAAGUGCUUCUAAGCUGCGACGCCGCUACCCGACACCCGAGCUCGGCGUUCCCACUCACACACGGAGAGAACACGCGAGACGAGAGAAAGAAAGAGAGAGGAGAUAUUGCAAGAGACACGAAGAGAGAGAUUGCAGCGAAGCCAGCGCCUUUUUCGAUCAUCAUCUUAUCCCCUUUCGCAUCCUCCCCCACACAUCAACGUACACUCAUACACAAAAAUCACACAUCCUUGCGUCAUUACUGUCAUUCCCCUUCCCCCUUUACCCGCUCCUUUCCAAAAAAAAAAAAAAAAAAAAUCGGAGAGAGAGAAAAAGAGAGAGAGACACACACGAGGAGAAGAAGAAGAGGAGCCUCUGUCGAAGGCGUACCAAUGCAGCACCAUGCAUUUUCGAAGCGCUGGCUGGCUCUCGAGUGUGGUCGAAUCCUCCACGGCAUCCCGGAUGAGGAACAACCACACUGCGGCGUGUCGUCAUCUCGAAGAAGCAUCAGCAGCGGCAGCCGACGCAGAGGCGCAUCAUUCCUAUUUCUUAUACAUUCGCUCCGUAAUUGAUAAACAAAAAACAACACUUUCGAACAAGCUGAGCAGCCGCUCGUUUUAGCUAGGAACCUCGCGUACGAGUUGUGUAUUUAAACCAGCAGAAAGGAAAAAGAGGAAAAAUGUGUAAACGAUGGCCAAAAAAGGAUUAAACAAAAUAACAUGCAUACCUUUGAGUUAAACACAAACACUAAACACGAGCAUUGUAUAAGCUGCGUUUUCGAUUCUUUGUACACGCGCGUUUGUUUGUUUGUUUUUUUAAGGAGAGAAAUUUUUUAGCUUUUCUUUUUUUUUUGUUUUUCCGCGUCGUCGCGAGGGCGCAAUCAUUCCGGACAAUUGGUCGGGGGGCGAUCCCUCCCGGCCUCGUCGAGAUCAUUUCCUAUUUUAUACGGCUACAACACCGAGUUAUCGAUGAAUAUUAAGGAAUAAUGAAGAUUGAAAAAAAAGAAUAAUAAUGAUUAAAAGGCGAAAACAGAGGGUAAGUGGAAACGAGGCUCCUACUCCAGACUUUUUUAUUAAUCGUAUUCUCAAACUAAUAUGUAAGAAACAGAAUAUGCAUGCAUGAUAUGUGUAACCAGCUCAAUAUGAGAUGAGAGAGAGGAGCCUCGUUUCCACUCGGACACUUGGAGUGUCCGUACCCCCGCAAGCGUAGCCAAAGUAUUAUAAUUUAUUCCCAUUGUAUUGUGCAAGACCACUCUCACGUACACACGACGUAAAGACUACUACUUUAGACUUAUGGGAUUAUAAAAAUAAAAAUCUGAAAAACACGCAUUGUAUCUUGCUUCUUAUGCUUAUUGAAACAACGCUUUUCUUAUAAGAAAAAAAAAACAUACUUCUUCAUUCACACGUAAAAGACUCUCUUUAACGUUAUUCUCCCUUAAUGAUAAUCCUUGAUUUCUUUUUCUCUGUCUCGUUGAAAAAUGUCGAUACUUGCGGAAGAUCGAAGACAAAAAAACUUUGUAAUUCACGGGAUAAUUCAUCUUUAUAUCGUUUGAUAAAUCAAGUCGUUAAUUUUCAUUUCCGUUACUUUUACCUUUCUGGUUAAUUAAGAUUUAUUUUUCCAUAUUGAUAAUUAUUAUUAUUGUCUCUCGUUUUCGAGGCACACACAACACACUUUGUAAUAACUACAUCCCCCUUUCAUUUUGUCAUUCAUCUAUUUGUAAUUUAUAAGACUCGCGGUUGAACGUACGAUAGUUUUUAUCUCUAAGGAUGAUAUAUAUCGAUUAGGUUUAUACUUUCGAUUCAAUAAAAGUUAUUUUCAAUUAAAA